AUGACAUUUGAUUUCUGUGGCAGUCCUGGGUACACAGAGACGCUGCCGCUUGACGGAGGGUCCUUUCCGCAUCCCCUGCAGACGGAGGGCGUGCGUGUGUCUGUGAAUGUCCUCAACAAGCAGAAGACCGCCCCUCUGCUGUUCGUGGUCCGCCAGAAGGAAGCUGUGGUGUCCUUCCAGGUGCCCCUCAUCCUACGAGGGCUGUAUCAGCGCAAGUACCUCUACCAAAAGGUGGAACGAACUUUGUGUCAACCCCCCACAAAGAAUGAGUCCGAGGUGCAGUUCUUCUACGUGGACGUGUCCACCCUGUCCCCAGUUAACACCACGUACCAGCUCCGAGUCAGCCGAAUGGAUGACUUCGUGCUCAGGACCGGGGAGCAUUUCAGCUUCAAUACCACAGCAGCUCAGCCUCAGUAUUUCAAAUACGAGUUCCCGGAAGGUGUGGACUCCGUGAUUGUCAAGGUGACCUCCAAUAAGGCUUUCCCCUGCUCGGUCAUCUCUAUCCAGGAUGUCCUGUGCCCUGUCUAUGACCUGGACAACAAUGUGGCCUUCAUCGGCAUGUACCAGACGAUGACUAAGAAAGCAGCCAUCACCGUGCAGCGCAAGGACUUCCCCAGCAACAGCUUUUAUGUGGUGGUGGUGGUGAAGACCGAAGACCAGGCCUGCGGGGGCUCCUUGCCUUACUACCCCUUUGUGGAAGAUGAACCGGUUGAUCAAGGGCACCGCCAGAAAACCCUGUCUGUGCUGGUGUCUCGAGCAGUCACGUCUGAGGCCUACGUUGGUGGCAUGCUCUUCUGCCUGGGCAUAUUUCUCUCCUUCUACCUGCUGACCAUCCUCCUGGCCUGUUGGGAAAAUUGGAGGCAGAAGAAGAAGACCCUGCUGGUGGCCAUGGACCGAGCCUGCCCAGAAAGUGCUUCUCUCCUUGGCCACCCUCGGGUCCUGGCCGAUGCCUUCCCUGGCAGCUCCCCGUAUGAGGCUUACAGCUACGGCUCCUUCGAGAACUGCCCCGGAUCCACAGAUGGUUUUCUGGACAGCGUGGGCACCGGGGACCUGUCCUACAGUUACCAAGGGCUCGACCAGUUCAAGCGGCGUCUCCCCUCUGGCCAGAUGCGGCAGCUGUGCAUUGCCAUGGACCCGGUGGGCACGCGGCCGCGGCUGGACUCGAUGAGCUCCGUGGAGGAGGACGACUAUGAUACGCUGGCCGACAUCGACUCCGACAAGAACGUCAUCCGCACCAAGCAAUACCUCUACGUGGCGGACCUGGCCCGGAAGGACAAGCGUGUCCUGCGGAAAAAGUACCAGAUCUAUUUCUGGAACAUUGCCACCAUCGCUGUCUUCUACGCCCUCCCCGUGGUGCAGCUGGUGAUCACCUACCAAACGGUGGUGAAUGUCACAGGGAAUCAGGACAUCUGCUACUACAACUUCCUGUGCGCUCACCCGCUGGGCAACCUCAGCGCCUUCAACAACAUCGUCAGCAACCUGGGCUACAUCCUGCUGGGCCUGCUCUUCCUGCUCAUCAUCCUGCAGCGAGAGAUCAACCACAACCGGGCCCUGCUGCGCAACGACCUCUACGCCCUGGAAUGCGGGAUCCCGAAGCACUUUGGCCUCUUCUACGCCAUGGGCACCGCUCUGAUGAUGGAGGGUCUGCUCAGCGCCUGCUAUCAUGUCUGCCCCAACUACACCAACUUCCAGUUUGACACGUCGUUCAUGUACAUGAUUGCCGGGCUCUGCAUGCUCAAGCUGUACCAGAAGCGGCACCCGGACAUCAACGCCAGCGCCUACAGCGCCUACGCCUGUCUGGCCAUCGUCAUCUUCUUCUCUGUGCUGGGCGUGGUCUUUGGCAAAGGGAACACGGUGUUCUGGAUCGUCUUCUCCGUCAUCCACAUCACUGCCACCCUGCUGCUCAGCACGCAGCUCUAUUACAUGGGCCGUUGGAAGCUGGACUCGGGCAUCUUCCGGCGCAUCCUUCACGUGCUCUACACUGACUGCAUCCGGCAGUGCACCGGGCCCCUCUACGUGGACCGCAUGGUGCUGCUGGUCGUGGGCAACAUCAUCAACUGGUCGCUCGCUGCCUACGGGCUCAUCGUGCGCCCCAACGACUUCGCCUCCUACCUGCUGGCCAUCGGCAUCUGCAACCUGCUUCUGUACUUCGCCUUCUACAUCAUCAUGAAGCUGCGCAGUGGGGAGAGGAUCAAGCUCAUCCCCCUGCUGUGCAUCGCCGGCACCUCUGUGGUCUGGGGCUUCGCGCUCUUCUUCUUCUUCCAGGGACUCAGCACCUGGCAGAAAACCCCCGCAGAGUCACGGGAGCACAACCGAGACUGCAUCCUUCUGGACUUCUUCGAUGACCACGACAUCUGGCACUUCCUCUCCUCCAUCGCCAUGUUCGGGUCUUUCCUGGUGUUGCUGACGCUGGAUGACGACCUGGACACCGUGCAACGGGACAAGAUCUACGUCUUCUAGCACGAGCUGUGCACCCGCAGCCGCCAUUGCCGCCGCGCUGGCCUCGGGACAGCUGGGGCUCCAAGCCCCAGCCUUGCUGCAUGGGGGCAGGACUGUGUGACCUGGGCCAAGCCUGGCUCAGGACAGCUGUGGGGUGCCUGAGCCCUGCCCACUGCUGAGGGGAAGCUUGCUCCCCUGAAGCCCCUGCAGUGACCACAUUGCUGCUUCUAUCUCAGUGUUGGGCCUUCUGCCCGUGGCACUCCUGGCUCCUCCCUGGUCCCUCUUCAUGAGGAGGAAGGGACGGCCUUGCUGCCUCCUCCAUCGUGACUUGUGUCCUACCCAUCCCUCCCCUCCUCUGCAGCCUGGGCGGCUCCUAAGCCCUCUACCCACCCAGGCUCCUACUCCAGAGGCCUGGUGCUGUCUCCCACCAGGACCCCUGUUCUCAGGGGGCUUGUACCUGGCUGCCAUCACUGCCCUCUAGUUAGCCAGGAUGGAUGGUGACGUCGGGGGUGGGGUGGGAGCUGGCCAGCUGGUGCCAGGCGCUUUUGGUGCUAAGGCCUGCAAGAGGCUGGGGCAACUGACUCUUAAGCAGUGAGGUCCAGCCUGCAUUGCAGAGGCCCCCUCCCCUACCUGUCCUGUCGUGCGCUCUCCACACCCCCCACCCCACCCCGCCCGGGACUGAUGCUGGCACCACAAUUGGAGGGAAGAGUACCUGGCCUUCCCUGUCGUCCGUUCUGCCCUCCCAGACCCUAGUCCUGCCAAGCCCCAGCUGGGGCCUCUCAGUGCCAUUGACACCACUCAGGAAUGUCCCCCUGAGUGAAAGGGAGGGAGGGUCCCAAGACCCCUACCCAUUUGGAUGCGAGUUAGGAAGCCCCACGCCUGUCCCUGUCGGCAGGCAAGGAAGGGAGAUGCUGCUCCAGACUCAGCCUUCCUCUGGACCAGGGCGGGCUUCCCAGUGUCCGUCCGUCCAGUCUUCAGCACACACGUCCCCACACAACCUUGCGUUUACACCGUGUUUCCAGCUCGGGGCGUGGGUUGCCCUUAACCCCCCACUGGAACAUUCCAGAUGCCAAGGGUGGUGGAGGUGCAGCUCGGCCCUCUGUCUCGACUGUGUUCUGCUCACCCACACUUGUUCUCCUGGGUCUCCCUGGGGCCGGCUCUGUGUUAGAACUCCAGGUGACGUCCACCCCGUGCUGCGGUUGCAUUCCUGUUUUCUGUGAAUGAGGCCGCAUUCCAUUAAAGAAACAACCAGA